AUUUACUUUUGAAUGUUGAGAAUUCUUUGCCAGUUUGUUUAUCUCAAACUUCAUGCUAAGCACUUGAGAACAUUCAGGACUUAACAUGUAUGGUCCUCCAAUAGAUCUGUCUUUCAAAGACCUCAACAAUGUCACAGAUGCUCUGGCGGAGAUUCCCCGCCGUCCCCUGCGACCUUUAAAGAUCGACAUGAACAACAAGUACCUGAGCCAGUCGAUGCGUCUGAACAACAACAACAUCACAAAUCUCGUUGGCCUUGAAUUCAUUUUGAAUCAUUUUCUGGCUCAGCCAUCAUCGCUUGGCUGGCUGGAUCUCUCCUGCAACAAAAUAACAAGCAUUGAACAUGUUCUAUGUGAGCUAAAGGAGCUGCGUGUUUUGUAUCUGCAUGGCAAUGACAUCUGGAGCCUGACUGAAAUAAGCAAAUUAGGAGAGUUGAAUUAUCUGCACACCAUCACGCUUCAUGGAAAUGGGAUCGAAAACGUAAAGGGCUACAGGAAUUACGUUAUUUCGAUGUUGCCUCACCUGAAGAGGAUGGACUUCAGUGCUGUGACUCGCCAGGAGAAGGUCUUGGCUUCUAUUUGGCCUACGAACAUCAAACGUCCCAGAACACGACCCCAAGAUGCGUCAGAAGAUGAUUAAACAGUCAUUCAAGUAGUUCAGAUUUUUUAUAUUUUUUUACCAGUAAAAAUGAUUUAUAAAUGCCUUUACAAA